UAAUUUUCUUAUAUUUAAUUCUCAUAGAUUUCUUUUUGUAAGCUUCUUCUAUAUUUUCAAAGAAAACAUCCAAAUUGUGACCUCACUCUAUCAUUUUGAUUUGUUAGCGCAUAAAUAAAAAAAUGUCUCAUACAAUAUUACUGGUACAGCCUGGUCACAGACCUGAAACAAGAACAUAUUCUGAUUAUGAAAGCGUUAAUGAAUGUAUGGAAGGUGUAUGUAAAAUUUAUGAAGAACAUUUAAAAAGACGAAAUCCAAAUACUCCAACUAUUACCUAUGACAUCAGUCAAUUAUUUGAUUUCGUUGACCAGUUAACAGAUUUAUCAUGUCUUGUAUAUCAAAAAUCGACAAAUACAUAUGCUCCAUAUAAUAAGGAUUGGAUUAAGGAAAAGAUAUAUGUAUUAUUGCGUAGAGCUGCAGGACAUAGCGAGUAAUCAGUGUAUAAAGAUAGAUAUGUAUGCUUUUAUAUAUAAGAUAACUUUAAAUAUCAUUCUAUUAUUAUUUGUUAUAAUAAAUCUAUAAUUACAAUA